GACAUUAUGGAUGAAGAAUUUAUAAAAGUAAUGCUUUAAAUAGAGGAAGCAUAUUAAAAUCUUAAUAAACAUUAAAAAAUAAGAGUUGAAGCAUGGACUAAGAAACUGUGUUAAGUGACUACAAAUGAAGUUUGGAAAAAGAAUAGAAAUCUAUAUGCUCGCAUUUUAUUAAAUUAAGUAUUAAAAGGAACACUUUCAGAACCUUUUGAUAAAAGACCACCUGAAGGUCCUUUACCAAAAUUGAAUAGAUAUCUUGUAUUAAGUGAUUAGAAGGAGAAUUCACGUCCAUUAACUACUAAUAAAAAAGACAGUCUUUGUUUUGAAUAAUAAUAACCAUAAUCAUAAUCGAUAGAGUGUCCUAAUCUAUAAGAAAAAAUGUUAAAGUUACUUAUAGAUUGUAGAUAAUAUUUGGAGAAAAGAACUGAUUAAGAAGUAUAAUUCAAAUUUCAUUUAAUAAAACUAGGCAAUUUUAUUAAAAGAAUAACAAGAUUAAUUCUUUGUCUAUCUAUAAGAGAUUAAUUAACCAUAUAUACUAGAAUAGAUAGAUGAGAAAACAGAAGAAAGUGAAGACUAAUAAAAGGACACAAUGCAAUUUUUACAAUAUUUAGAUAAUUUUGAAAAGAAAACUGAAAAAUUAAGAGUAGAAACUGAAAAAUUACUGCGUGGAAACAAUAUUUAAUAUAAUGUUUGA